CACACACACACUCUCUCUCUCUCUCUCUCUCUCUCUCUCUCUCUCUCUGAAACCCUAGACCCUCCUCUACGUUCUCUCCUACGUGUACCGGGAAAAGCUCACCGGCGGUGAUCGGAAGGUCGAGAUCGCACGGCAAUGGCGGCGGAGAAGAGCCGGAUCCUGAUCAUCGGGGGAACGGGGUACAUCGGGAGGUACGUGGUGGGGGCGAGCGCGCGGCUGGGUCACCGCACCUUCGCCCUGGUGAGAGACACCGCGCCCGCCGACCCGGCCAAGGCCCAGCUCCUCCAAGGGUUCACGGACUCCGGGGUCACCCUCCUCAAGGGAGAUCUCUACGACCACGCGAGCUUGGUGAACGCAAUCAAGAACGUGGAUGUGGUGAUCUCGACCGUCGGAUUCUUUCAACUGGCCGAUCAGACGAAGAUCAUCGCCGCGAUCAAGGAGGCCGGUAACAUCAAGAGGUUCCUCCCCUCGGAGUUCGGAAACGAUGUUGACCGGACUAAUGCAGUGGAGCCUGCGAAGUCGGCCUUUGCCAUCAAGGUGCAGAUCCGUCGUGCCAUCGAGGCAGAGAAGGUGCCAUACACCUAUGUCUCCUCCAACUUCUUUGCAGGCUAUUUCCUCCCCACGUUGGGCCAGGCCGGCGCGACUGGCCUACCGACCGAUAAGGUCACUAUCUUAGGUGAUGGCAACACCAAAGCUAUCUUUGUGGAUGAAAAUGACAUUGGGACUUAUACGAUCAAAGCUGCGGACGAUCCGAGAACCCUGAACAAGACCCUGUAUCUGAGGCCACCUGCCAAUAUCCUGACUCAUAACGAGCUCGUCUCCCUGUGGGAGAAGAAGGUUGGAAAGACCUUUGAGAGGGUCUAUGUUCCUGAAGAGGAGGUUUUGAAGCAGAUCCAAGAAGCGCCGAUUCCACUCAAUGUGGCGCUCGCGAUCUCUCACUCGGUCUUCGUAAAGGGGGACCACACCAACUUUGAGAUCGAGCCGUCCUUUGGCGUCGAGGCGAGCGAGCUCUACCCCGAUGUCAAGUACACAACUGUUGACGAAUACCUAAACCGGUUCCUUUAAGCAUCCAAAUCCUUUAAGAAGACAUAUCCCGAUAAAAACAGUUCUAUGAGUACUUUUAUGUUUGCCGUGUCGUCAUUAGUGUGCUCCGAUUACUUGUUAUAACUUACCUGUUAUAACCCGUAUUAUUAUCGACGCUCUUGUUGUUUGUUGGAAAUUGCGGGUUUGAACUUUAUGAUAUGAAAUAUGCAAUGAAAUUACAUACUUGUUUUCCCUUUGUUCAUA